AUGUCAUUCCAUGUCUAUCAGAUACUGGAACUUGGACCUUUGCAACCCAAUGAACAAGUUUUUGAAAACUUCACAGACAGUAGAACAGGUGCCCCAAGCACAACUGAAGAUUUAAACACAAUUCACCAAACAUCCUCCAAUGAAAUCACUGCUCAACAUCCAACACACCCAACUCCUUCUGGUGAAAUUGUUCCACAUCCAAUCAUUUCAUGGGAACCCUCACAAAAAUUUAUGCAAGUCAAAGAAAAAUUUGAAUCCUACAUUCUGCAUCAAUACCCUUGUGUACCGUGCUCUUUUUGCAGCAGGUUGCUUUAUCCUGAGAAAGCAAAAUGGACUCAAAAGAUUGAAAAUUUUGAAUACCCAUUAAUUCAAGCAAACCUAAACUUAAGGCCCAAAUCCACCAGAAAAUCAUAUAGCAGUGCUUACUCUGAAUAUUGGUCAAUUGUUGGAACAUUUGGGUACUCAAAAAACAUUCGAUCAUUGACAUUGUAUUCUGGAAUGAUUGGUGCUUUUUUGGAAGAGUACAAUCCAAACAGCCAGGAUCACUGUUGGUUUGAUAGGUCUUUAAUUGCAGGUGCAAAUUGGUUAGCUGACAAUAAUCCAUAUUUGAGAGAAUAUAAAAAUGCACUAGUGACAAAUUCCUCAGGAUCUGUAUCUUCAUUCCCCAAUGCAACACACUUACCAGAUGAUGAAACUGCUCCAGAGUUUCAAAAGCAUGGUGAAUUGUAUUUUUAUCAAAAACUUUUGCUAAGAGUACCAGCAAGAAGUGAAGGAGAUUUGAUAGGAACCUAUGAAACCUAUCAUGAUCAUUACCUUGCAAGGUUCCCUGAAGAAUUUGGAAAUUCAAUAAAAUCAGAUCAGCAAAAUCAACAUCACCAAACCAUCAACAUGCUUGACCAAUACACCAAUCUCAUUGAAAAUCUCUUAUACUCUUUACAAUCACUUCUAACUCAAGAUAUUAAAGGCAUAAUCAGAAGUCAGCUUGAAAACACCAAAAUUUUACCUCCAAUUGUUCCAAACAACAUGGAUCAGCAGGCUAUUCCUGAUAAAUCUAUUCACAAAAAAUUCUCAGAGUUGAAUAAAAACUUCUUGCUGAUGGCACCAACUGGGGUUGCUGCUGUCAAUAUUCAAGGACAAACCAUUCAUUCAGCUCUCCGGAUAUGGUCACAUGGUGGAAGGUAUCAAACAUUAGCAUUUGCUGAUCAAGAAUUCAACCAAGAACUUUGA